AUGAGAUUAAGAAUUACAGAUCUCAUAGCAGAACUAAAUGCUGGCUAUUCCUGCUUAAAUGAAACAAUGAAGCUAGAACUGUACUCCAGCUUCCUCCGCAUUAUUAUUCGCAGCCUUGAAAUCCAAGUUGCAAAUGCAGAAAACAUGCCCACCCAUUUUGGACAAACCCGCUCCCAUAAAGAGGCCAGAGAAAUCAAAGGCUCCAUCUGGGAAAUUUGUACCAUCUCAAAGCUCGAUGCACUAAUUCAGCAAAAGGGAGAGGAACAACAUCAAAGGAUGGCAAGUAGUGUCCUGGCGCAAAGGAGAGCCCAGAGCAGUGAGAGGAAGCAAGAGAGUGAGCCACGUAUCGUUAGUAGAAUUUUUCAGUGCUGUGCUUGGAACCAUGGAAUAUGCAGUCUCCUCUUGUUUUAUCGAGUGUCUAUUCCUGUACUUCAGUCAGUAACUGCCCAAAUUAUUGGUGGUCCGCCUCUACAUGGAGAUGUUUAGUUGUGGCUGGAAUUCUUCCUCACGUCAAUGUUCAGUGCUCUCUGGGUGCUCCCCGUGUUUGUGCUUAGCAAAGUUGUGAAUGCCGUUUGGUUCCAAGAUAUAGCUGCCCUGUCAUUGGAGGUAUCAGGGAGAAAGCCUCACCCAUUCCCUAGUAUUAGCAAAAUCAUUGCUGAAAUGCUCUUCAACCUUCUGCUUCAGGCUAUUUUCCUCAUCCAGGGGAUGGUUGUGAGUGUCUUUCCCAUCCACCUUGUUGGGCAGCUGGUUAGUCUCCUGCAUAUGUCCCUUCUCUACUCACUAUACUGCUUUGAAUAUCAUUGGUUCAAUAAAGGCAUUUAAAUGCACCAGCGGUUGUCAAACAUAGAGAGGAACUGGCCUUACUACUUCAGAUUUGGUGUACUUCUGGCUUUCCUCACAGCAAUGCAGUCCUCAUCCCUUAUCAGUGGCUGGCUCUUCUCUACCCUCUUUUCUUUAUUCAUUAUUAGCACCAGUGAAGCAAAGACCCCUGGCAAAGCUUACCUUUUGCGCUUCUUCUCCUUGGUGGUUUUCUUAAGCAACAGACUCUUCUACAAGAUGGUCUACCUGCAGUCUUCCCUGAGUAGCUCAACCUCUGCAGAGAACUUCCCUUUGCCACUUUCGUCUCCUGCCAAACUGAAGGCUGCUGCAGGCCACUAAGUCACCUGCCACCCAGGGGGAAUGAGUGGGAUUGGGAGGAGGCUGUGCAGUUCUUUCCUUGUUCAUCACCCCCACCAGGGAAGGCAGGGCCUGCUCUGCCAAGGGCCCUCUGCAUAUUCCCUUCCGAGGAAUUGGGAUUUUUGUCUC